CUCGUAAGUUCCAGAAUUCUAGAAUCGAGAUCCGGCCAUCCCUGUCGAAUCCAGGGUUCCCGUGGGUCCUGUGAAUGUGGCUCCAGCCAAUCCCUAAUCCCUCCCAUGUGUUACCCAGACCCAAAACAGGAUCUUGUCGAGGUUCUUGUGGCACAUCCGAGUGUGCAAAUCUUCCAUCACUCAUACAUGCAAUCGUAACAUCCAUCCAAUCUUCACGCCUUGCCGACUUACACCACAUCCACCCCAUAUUCCACGUCCAUCUCGCCAUUCCAUAGGAAAUACCAGCAACCAGCACCUCAUUGAGGUCAAAUCUUCUACCGAGAAAGAGGAGAGUCUUUGAUAGAGGCGUAAAUAGAAGCAAUGGCAGGAUUCAUCCAGAACAUCCUCUGGAACAGCGUGGAGGGCUUCGUCGAGGCCGGGACCCGCACCGCAGGAGGAUACGCAGGUAACGCGUUGAUCAAGGCCGGCGACUUGAUCGAGAACUCAGGUCGUAGCAUUGGCACUGGUAUCGAACGCAAAGCAUCGAACUACGGCACAGCGAUUACAGGCCAGACGUACGAACCAUCCGGCAAGGCACUCCCAUCCACAGCCCGCAAGCCCGCGCUCAAACGCUCGCACUCGAGUCCAGCAGCAUCAGCAUCAACCACAAAGACCAAGGCCAUCGCGGGCCCGACCAGCAAGACGCCCAUAGGCGCGAAGAAGGCACCCCCAGCGCCAACGAAACAAGUAGCAGCCGUGAAGCAGAUCGCCAACGGGCCCGCAGCAGGAGCAGGAGCAGGAGCAGGAGCAGGAACAGGAGCAAGUGCAGCAAAGAAAAAGAAGAACGCACUGCCGAAACCGUUUCCAGAGAACCAGCCCUACGGCACCAAGGCGAAGCCCCAAGCAGGGACGUCGAAGCAGCCGCUGAACAACGUUAAAGCCGCUGCUGCCGACACGAAACAAUCCAACUCGUUGCCUAAGCCAUACGGGGGCACCGCGUAUCCCACGGAGAAGAAGACGGCAGUGAAACCGGGCCAGUCGAAGCCGUUCGUGCCUCCUAAGGAGACGAACGCCGUCAAGAACGACAAGAAGCAGCCAUAUCCGGGGACCAGGACGUUGCCAGGCCAGGCGAGCAAGACGCCCGUAAGGCCGUCUCCAGCGAAGGCGUUCGAAGGGGUCAAGGGCUUGGGUGGGCAGGACUCGAAGGGCAGGUUCCAGCAUAUCGCUGUUUAGAGGGUCGUUCUGAUGAAUUCCCUCUUGUCUUCGAGGGUUUUUGUUAGUAAAUUAAAUCCCAAUACUCCACAAAGGGAC